CGCGCGGGCCUGGCUGGGCCGGGGCCUCCUGCUGGCCCGCGCUGGGCAGGGCCUCGCCUCAAGCCGCAGGUGUCCUGAGGCUCUGGCACCGACUUGGCCCCACAGAAGUGCUAGUAGGUCCGAGAGGUUGGGGGAGACUAACCUGGCAGAGAGCCCCCAAUGAGCCAUCUCUCUUCACCCCCCCAAAAACAUAAGGGGGAGCAUAAAGGCCACGGUCUCCCCCGUGGUUCAGAAAGGGGUAGCUCUUCCCGGGACAAAGACCGAAGUGCAACGGUCAGUAGUUCGGUGCCCAUGCCUGCUGGAGGGAAGGGAAACCGGCCGAGUGGUCCGUCUUCUGCAUCCCAGAAGGUCCCCAACCGCCUAAUCAAUGAGAAGUCACCGUACCUCCAACAACAUGCCUACAAUCCUGUGGACUGGUACCCCUGGGGACAGGAAGCCUUCGACAAGGCCAAGAAAGAAAAUAAGCCAAUUUUCCUCUCAGUGGGGUACUCCACCUGCCACUGGUGCCACAUGAUGGAGGAGGAGUCCUUUCGGAACGAGGAGAUCAGCCGCCUGCUCAAUGAGGACUUUGUCAGCGUGAAGGUAGACCGCGAGGAGCGGCCGGAUGUGGACAAGGUGUACAUGACCUUCGUGCAGGCCACCAGGAGCGGUGGAGGCUGGCCCAUGAAUGUGUGGUUGACUCCCAACCUCCAGCCCUUUGUUGGGGGCACCUAUUUCCCCCCUGAGGACGGCUUGACCCGAGUUGGCUUCCGCACGGUGUUGCUGAGAAUACGGGACCAGUGGAAACAGAACAAGAACACACUGCUAGAAAAUAGCCAGCGCAUUACAACAGCCCUGCUGGCCCGGUCGGAGAUCAGCACGGGGGACCGCCAGCUGCCACCCUCAGCCGCCAUCAUGAACAGCCGCUGCUUCCAGCAGCUGGACGAGGGCUAUGAUGAGGAGUAUGGUGGCUUCGCUGAGGCCCCCAAGUUUCCCACACCGGUGAUCCUGAGCUUCUUGUUCAACUACUGGCUCACUCAUCGACUGACCCAGGAUGGGUCUCGGGCCCAGCAGAUGGCCUUGCACACGCUGAAAAUGAUGGCCAACGGGGGCAUCCGGGACCACGUGGGGCAGGGCUUUCACCGCUACUCCACGGACCGCCAGUGGCACGUCCCCCACUUCGAGAAGAUGCUCUGUGACCAGGCACAGCUUGCAGUGGCCUAUUCACAAGCCUUCCAGAUCUCUGGUGAUGAAUUCUACUCUGACGUUGCCAAGGGCAUCCUGCACUACGUGGCUCGGAGCCUGAGCCACCGGUCUGGAGGCUUCUACAGUGCGGAGGAUGCGGACUCACCCCCAGAGCGGGGCAUGCGGCCCAAAGAGGGCGCCUUCUACUUGUGGACCGUCAAGGAGGUCCAGCAACUCCUCUCUGAGCCUGUGCUGGGUGCCACUGAGCCGCUGACCUCAGGCAAGCUCCUCAUGAAGCACUAUGGACUCACGGAGGCCGGCAACAUCAGCUCCAGUCAGGACCCCAAGGCGGAGCUGCAGGGCCAGAACGUGCUGACCGUCCGGUACUCGCUGGAGCUGACUGCGGCCCGCUUUGGCUUGGGCGUGGAGGCCGUCCAGACCAUGCUCAACACCGGGCUGGAGAAGCUCUCGCAGGCCCGGAAACAUCGGCCGAAGCCGCACCUGGACAGCAAGAUGCUGGCUGCCUGGAACGGUCUGAUGGUGUCUGGCUAUGCUGUGACCGGGGCUGUCCUGGGGCAGGACAGGUUGAUCAACUAUGCCACCAAUGGUGCCAAGUUCCUGAAGCGGCACAUGUUUGACGUGGCCAGCGGCCGCCUGAUGCGCACCUGCUAUGCCGGCUCUGGGGGGACCGUGGAGCACAGUAACCCGCCCUGCUGGGGCUUCCUGGAGGACUACGCCUUCGUGGUGCGGGGCCUACUGGACCUGUACGAGGCCUCGCAGGAGAGCUCGUGGCUCGAGUGGGCACUGCGGCUGCAGGACACGCAGGACAGGUUCUUCUGGGACUCCCGGGGCGGUGGCUACUUCUGCAGCGAGGCCGAGCUGGGGGCUGGCUUGCCCCUGCGGCUGAAGGACGACCAGGAUGGUGCCGAGCCCAGCGCCAAUUCCGUGGCGGCCCACAACCUGCUUCGGUUGCAUGGCUUCACGGGCCACAAGGACUGGAUGGACAAGUGUGUGCGCCUAUUGACCGCCUUCUCUGAGCGCAUGCGCCGUGUCCCGGUGGCAUUGCCCGAGAUGGUCCGCGCCCUCUCAGCUCAACAGCAGACCCUCAAGCAGAUCGUGAUCUGUGGAGACCGCCAGGCCAAGGACACCAAGGCUCUGGUGCAAUGUGUCCAUUCCAUUUACGUCCCUAACAAGGUGCUGAUUCUGGCCGAUGGGGACCCCUCGAGCUUCCUGUCCCGCCAGCUGCCCUUCCUGAGUACCCUGCGACGGCUGGAAGACCGGGCCACUGCCUAUGUGUGUGAGAAUCAGGCCUGCUCCAUGCCCAUCACUGAGCCCUGCGAACUACGAAAACUGCUCCAUCAGUGACUUUUCCGACCCCGUUGGGCUAGGGCAGAAGGUGGAGCUUCCCGACUGAGCAGACACUCAGGCCCUGCAGAACCUGCGGUCAUCCCUGAGCACCCUGUCACCAGGUGACCUUGGCCCCUCUCGCUGCCCUGCCAUGGGCACCCAGUCACCCUGGAAUAAACCUAACAGUGUC